GACUUUCUCCCGAGCAAACGGGCAUCAUUGGUGGGGGGAGUGGGGUAGUUCGCCUGGCGUCUGCUUCAGCAAUGAGAUGGUGAUGCAUUGAAGGCGGACACAGGUUUGUUAUGCUUGAAGCCUGAAGGUGGUUGAGUGCUCAGGCGGGGAACCCAACGAUCCGCACCGCAGAACUUUCGAGAGCGGGAGGAGAAGCCAUGUGCCCGCCGGCCGACCAACCGGCCGGCCAGGUAGGCGUAUCCUCCCUCCCUCUGGAAAGUUCUCUGGCCCGCCCCCCGCGAUCACACGCUCGGGAGUUUCAACGGCGUUCAGUAGACGCACGGCGCAGCCAAACCGCCUGCCUCCCGAAUUUCCGCCACAUACUUUGCCCUGACUCCAACCAUGACUGCAGGUGAAGAGAAGAACGAGCAACAAAUCCCCAUCGAGGGCGAAGAUAUCACCCCCAAGAAAGAUGGAGGAGUUCUAAAGCUAAUUAAAAAGGAGAGUACUGGGGAUGAAACCCCAAUGACAGGAGAUAAGGUGUCUGUCCACUACGUGGGUGUACUCUUGGAUGGAACUAAGUUUGACUCGAGUCGAGACCGGGAUGACUAUUUCACAUUUGAUCUUGGAAAAGGUCAAGUUAUCAAAGCAUGGGAUAUUGCUGUGGCCACCAUGAAGGUUGGUGAAAUCUGUCAGAUCAUCUGUAAACCAGAAUAUGCCUAUGGCUCUGCAGGCAGCCCGCCAAAAAUUCAACCGAAUGCCACUCUUGUAUUUGAGAUUGAGCUUUUUGAAAUCAAAGCAGAAGAUCUGACAGAGGAUGAAGAUGGUGGAAUCACUCGCCGAAUCAGAAAGAAGGGAGAAAGUUAUUCUAAACCCAAUGAAGGAGCCUCAGUUGAGGUCCAUUUAAAAGGCAAAUAUCACAGUACAGUCUUCGACAAUCGUGAUGUAUCAUUCAUCAUUGGAGAUGGUGAAGAACAUGAUAUUCCUUCAGGGAUUGAGAAGGCACUGCAGGAAAUGGAGAAAGGAGAAGAAUCAAUUAUAUCAUUAAAACCAAAGUAUGGAUUUGGAGAAGCAGGAAAACCAAAAUUUCACAUUCCACCAAGUGCGAACUUAGUAUAUGAAGUUGUGUUGAAGAACUUUGAAAAGGCAAAGGAGUCUUGGGAGAUGAACAUAGAUGAGAAGCUGGAGCAGUCUGCCAUUGUCAAGGAGAAGGGAACUGCAUAUUUUAAGGAUGGCAAGUACAAGCAGGCCACCAUUCAUUACAAGAAAAUUGUAUCUUGGUUGGAACAUGAGAGUGGACUGUCUGAGGAAUUACUAAAGCAAUCCAAUGCACUGAGGCUAGCAGCCCAUCUUAACCUUGCUAUGUGCUACAUCAAAAUGGAUGAGAAUUUGCAAGCUGUAGAGAAUUGUGAAAAGGCAUUAGAGCUAGAUGCAAACAAUGAAAAGGCUCUUUUCAGAAUGGGUGAGGCAAGACUUGCUAUGAAUGAUUAUGAACUGGCAAAAGCAAACUUCCAGAAGCUUGUGCAGCUCUACCCCAACAAAGCUGCCAAAAUGCAAAUUGGAAUCUGUCAGAAGAAAAUAAAAGAACAAUUGGAUCGAGAGAAAAAGAUCUAUGCUAAAAUGUUCCCAAAAUUUGCAAAUACUGAUGCCAAGCAAGAAGUUCUCAAAACAAAAUCUGAAAAGGAUGCUGCCAUGGAGGAAGAGAAUAAGGAGAACCUAGAUGAAGGAGGCAAAGGAGAACCCAUGGAAACAGACACGAGCCACAAGUCCCAAGAAUUGGAUGCUACAGCAUGAGUAUGAUGUGGAGUUUGAGGCUGCAUUACUUGUUUGAUUUUUUUUUAAGGCUUGAAAUAGUAUGGUAUCCUGUGUGUAUAAUAUAUGCACCAAUAAAGAGUUUUACUGACCAACUCACCUGAGUCACACAAGGUAUUUAAAAAAAAAAAUGACAGUACAUGCUGGGGUUGAAUCAGAUUAAGUCAGCAGCAGUCACUUUUUCUAUGGCAUAGCUUUGGUGCACUGCUAUAUCAUAGACGGUGAAUGAGAUAAGCCCACUCAGGAGCAUUUAAGAAAUGGAAACUAGAAUAAAUAAUUGGUAACUGUGUGUGAACUGUCCUAACUUAAAAACAGGCUUAUUCUUUAUUUGCAAGAUCUUCUGCAUUCACCCAAUGAUGGUGUUAUUAUACCUUUUUCAUGUAUGGUCUACUGUAAUAAGUUUCUCCUACUUAUAGGGUGAACCCAAGAAAUAACAUUGUGACGUGUUCUUGCGACUUGGAUAAAGUUGUAAUUUUGGUGCUGUUACUGCUGUGUUACUGAGGUGCACUUGGUUAUUUUAAGGUGAAGAAUCUUGUUUUUUUCUCUGUAACUUGUACAUUUUCUAUCAUCGGGUAAUGCAGCUUUAUUAUACAGUUACUGUAUUCCACAGAAUGACACCAUUUAUGGUUAAAUAUUGAUGAUUGUUCAUUGUUUGUCAUCAAAAUAGCAAUUGAGGAGAAAGCCAUAUAUUAUACAUCAUUUAUGGCAAAGAAAUUAACCAUUCAGUCCAACUGGUCUAUGCUCUGUUAUGUGCAAAUCAAGGCUUUUCCUGCCCAAUUUCAUCUAAUCAGAUCAGUGUUUCCUCCCAUCCAUUUCUACCUUAAAGACUUAUCUGGCAAAAUGCAGUGAUGUUCCACAUGGUGACAGACUCAAUAUUCUAUUCAACAUUAAUAAAAAAGUUUUUCUUCAAUUUCUUGAUGAACUUAUUUAUCGGUAUCUUCUAUAUUAUUUCUAAAUUAUUCCAUGUAGAAAUAUUUUCUCCAUGUUAAACCAUCUUGAAUAUGUCAUAAUUUUAAAGAGCUCUAUUAGGAAACCCAUCAGUUUACUGAUUUCAAAAACAAUUCUCAAUCUAUUUCUUUCCUGAUGGUUUAAAACCCUUCAUUUCUGGUAUCAUUUACAUGCCUUUUUCAGUGUCUCUAUAUCAUUACCCUUUUUGUAGGAGCAUUAUAUCCAACAUGUCUUUUCUGUAUUCAAAUUUUAACAUUUAAUAAGAUUGCCAGAAUGAUCCAAAAGAAGUUUCUUUAGUAGUUUUUCAUUUAAAGAUUGGUUGCUUUUAAAUCCAAACUUCCUCCAUAUCAUUGCUGAGUCCCCUCACAAUUGACUAAAUGGUUUUCAACACUUGCUUAAUUGACUCCAACUUUGGGGCUCUUCAGAUUACAUCCUGAAUGUCACUCAUAGUAAAAUCUAAAUGAUUUCUGAUUGUUUUAAGAUAGAUCCUGAUUAGUGUGUGUUUAUUUUUUCUCCUUGGCCUUUUGCGUUAACAUAUGUACCAAUUUAAACUAUCGUUUUACAUUUCAGAAACUUUACCUCCAUGACAGCCACAAGAUUUUCAUCGCUGUACAUAGUCUUAUUCUGUUAAGGAAAUACAAGUUUAAAACUUACUGUUAUGUGAUGAGUUGCCAUUGGCAAUUGGUGCUCUCACCUCCUUCAAUUUUUGUGACACCUUUCUAUCUCAGUUUUGUCCUAUAAGCUGCAUCAAGGUGGUUUUCAGCACUCCCAAUCUAACCCCAAACACAGUGGUUUUAAAACCACCUAGAUUUUUCCAAAAUGAGCUGCCCCUCCAAAGUCAAAGACUGUUACUUAUAUUGUAAAUCGAACUCUUCAACAAAAUUUAGACAUAAAAUGAUAUACAACAAGUAAAAAUGAGUGGGAUGUAUUUCCUGCUUUUUUUGCAAAAGUUAGAAUUAUCCUUAAUAACAAGUGUAAAACAUUCGUGGUGACUUUACAGCAUUGAAAUAUUAUUGAUUCCAGUUCUUUUAAAAUUUAAGUUCAAAAUAAAACAUGAAAAGCUCUACUUUGUAUCUUUUCAAAAAAAGAUGUAUCCUAGAAUUUAAACGGUUACAUUCCCACAGUUUUUAGGAUUUGAUGACAUCUUGAGGCUUUUCUGUUAAGCCAUAUUCAGAGCUUCUCUCCUUUGCUAGAGGAUUCUCAUUAAAGGGCCAUUUAUUUAGAAGACAAAUCGUGUUUCAAGUUCUAUGCAAUACAGUAAUGUAUGUCUUAUCUGCUUGACUUUCUGGUAAAAAAAACAUUGUAUGAGAUCUGCAUCCAGUACCAUUUUCUUCAGCUUGAUAUACAACUAAAAGGUGAUUGUAUGUAAAUACUCUUUUUGCUUUGACGAUAGCAUAGGAGUAAAUCCAAUAAUAAAAAUGUAGGAACUUAAUGCUCCA